ACCACGCAUGCGCCAGUAAGAGACACGCCUCUUCUUCUAUCUGCAAGCCAUGUGGCUGUUGGUUGUAAAUAAAUAGCUGUUGUAAUUGUUGUUACUGCUUUUACUCUUAAUUUGGGAAACAAACGCUAACAUUACACCGCCAAAGUAGCAACAAUGUCUUCGGGCGUGGUGGACUUCCAGGCGCAGGUGGAGUCGGUGCUUGGCGCACUGGUGAGAGCUGCAACGGUGGAGUUAACGAAGCUGUUCGAGAGCAGAUACCGAGCCUCCGCGUUGGAUGUGGGCCGCGCUGAUGAAACCAAGCAAAAUGAAACACAGGAUACGUUAUCAACUUGUGACACGAAACGCAGCAUUGGAGUGCAAGUGGACGAGGAAAUAUGUCCGCCGUCUGAACUUACUGACCCCCCUUUGCUUUCAAAUGGAGAUUGUUUGGGGCAGUGGAUCAAGGAGGAAGUGCAGGGGAGACCCACUGCCUCAGAAACCCUCUUGUCUGAAGAUAAUGGCCAAGUUCACCCAGAGCCUCUGAAGGAACAGGUUGCGGCAGAGACUGUAGAUAUGGUGGAGGUGAGCAGUAUCAUUAAAGAAGAGUCUCCAACUGAGAGUGAUCCACACACAGAAGUUGUUUUACAAGUCUCUGCAGCGACAUGGAAUGAGGAAUCAAGACACGAGUCUCCUCACAGUUCUCCAGAAAAACUGAUGCCCCUCAUUAUCCAUCCAGAUAUCAUUUCUCGGAAGAAGGUUACGUUUGUGUGCCCGUUGAUUCUCAGGCCUGGUUCUCAGGCCCCCAAACCGGACAGUCCACAGAAGCCAAUCAAAACAGAGCCUCAACAAGUCUGCGUCAGCACCGCCUUCAGCCUGGACUCGUCUGAUGAAGCUGCGACUCCUGCUCAGGUCAGGGUUGGGCCAAAGUCAAGGAAGAACAACCUCCACAUUAAACAGAAACUGUCUUCUCCAGACCAACAGCUGAAGCAUAGCUGUGUAGUGCAACUGGUGGACGUGUUGAGGGUGCCAGCAUCAGAGAUGAUGCUUCAGGAUGCUGUGGCCAAAGGUAAUGAUAAUAACCGUACAAGCGAUUAUCCUCUGCCCAAAGACCUCCGCCGCCACCAAGGUCUUCACACCGGCCGACGCCUCUGUUGCUUCAACCCCUGCGAAGACGGUGUCUGGCGGCUUCAGGAGGUGGUCGCCCACUCCCGCGAUGGAUACCCUUGCAGCAGCUGUGGGAAGACGUUCAAGCAAAGGAAGAUUCUCAGGCGGCACGAGCGCUUUCACACCGGGGAGAAACCAUAUGCGUGCCAGAAGUGCUCAAAGUCGUUUGCACUGAGAAAGAGCCUGCGGCGCCACUUGAGGUUCCACACCGGGCAAAGGCCACACAACUGCAUAAAGUGCUGCAAAAGCUUCCGUUUGCGAGAGAACCUGAAAGCACACCUGAGGUUUCACACUGGGGAGAAACCGUUUAACUGCGCCAUUUGUGGUAAGAGGUUCAGGAUCCUCAAGAAUCUGGAGAAACACAAACGGGGCAUUUGUGGAGUCUUUGUACCUUCAUUCCGAAAAAUUGCUGGCCUGUAGGAAAUAGAUGUCAGUGGCUGUUUGUGGGAGUUGCAUCACUUUCUACCUCAGACAGAAACACUAUCACCUUUCUAGAUGUAAAGUUUAGACAAAGAAGUUAAGCUAUGAGAAGAUUUGAAACCAUAAUUCAUUCCAGGUAGAAUCGAACAACCAACAUGAGGAGAGGGAUUGUCAUGGGGCUGUUUUAUGUUUACCUUUACUACUGAUGAUAUUUCUUACACUAUUUGUGUGUGAUUAUACCUUGCCAUAUUUUUCCUCUUGUGAUUUUUGGAUCAAUAGUGAGCUGAAUGGUGAAAGUUGUUCUGCAACAUGACACUUUUUUUUUGUUCAAACCCCUACCCUACUGGUGUACAGUAGUGAACGACAAAAAAAUGGUUUGAUCCUGUUUAAAUGUUGUCUUGAUUAACACAUAAUGUUCAUCAAUUUGAAAGAUAACGUUUCAGAAUUCAAGAACAUGGUUUUUGCUCAUUUGAGAACUUCCUGGAACUAAACACAGGAUAUUUGCUUCAUCGGGAGAACAAGAAAAAUUAUUUGGUUGGCAAAAAAACAUCCUCACCUGGUAACCUGUCUGUGCCAUGAUUCAUAUAUAAAGUUUUGUCACUGGUGUUUGUUAUUUGUUGUCUAUACUUAAAAAUAUGUUUAUACUAUUAUUUUUCAAACUUUAAACUCACGUCUUUUACCCCAAAUGUUUAGCUUUGUAUUUGUGUUAUGUUUACUGAAUGUAUGUAGAUGUCCUUAGCUUAAUGUUCUAGAUAUCAAAGCCUAUCCAUGCUGACUUUAUAAGAAAUCUAGUUUUACUUUUGUCAUUCCAAAGGGUUUUAAUCUAUGUUAAAACCCUUUGGAAUGACAACAGUACUAGGACAAAGUGUACUUAUAGCCAAACAAAUGUGAUCACAUGUUCCCCUUUUUUAUAAAGAUGUUUAAGAUUUGUUUUAUUCCUCAUUCGUGUCUGAUUUUUUGAAGUUCUGAUACUAAAUAAAAUUGUGUAUCAAUAAAAUGCAAUGGUGAAUUUGUUGUCUGCCCCUUUGAGCAGCUCUCUCUUAAAUCACCCAAUAUUAAAGGUUUAUAUGUUGUAA